CUCUCCGUCCGACACCUUCAAUCCAAACAAUACCUUAGGCUUUCAAGAAGUUGCUGACUGCUACAAGCUCCGUAAUUGCAGCCAACUCAACUUUGCUGCUUCAUUCAUUCACUCCUCGCACUCUUAGCCUCUUUGGUUAGUUUCUAAGUGCAAUCCUCCUCCACCAACAAUAUGAAGAUCCAGUCUAUGAUUUCCUCCUGCCACCUUCAUCCUCCACCAUCUCCUCCAUUUCCUUCUCCGAUCUCAACAUCACCGAG